CUAGCUCACUAACAGUCAACUAAAUCAUACUAUGCCCCUGCAGGCUGCAGCCCUGCCCUGCUUAUGAAAAGCCAACCCAUCAAAGAACACGAUCACAAACGCCCAAAAACCAACCCUCAAGUCUCAACACCCCCUCUGAUUUUUUGCCCCAGAGCUUGACCACCAGUGGAAAGAUGGAGCUGAGCCUUAGGCAACGCUCCACCACCAGUCUAGCGUUAGAAAAAGUUGUUGUCGCUGUUAGAGCAGAGAGGGUCAUCUCUAAAACCGGCUUAGCAUGGGCUCUGACUCACGUUGUUCGUCCUGGCGAUUGCGUGACCUUGCUUGCUCUCUUUCUUGGUGAAAAAAAAGUUUAUCUAAAAAAAGUUAGAAGAUUUUGGAAUUUUCCGAUGUUGGCUGGAGAUUGCGGGAGCAGUAUCCAGGAGGAGUUACCGGAACGGAUUUGUCAGAUCUCCGAGUCAUGUUCACAGAUGGUACUUCAGUUCCAUAACCAAAUCGAGGUUACUGUGAGGAUUAAGGUGGUGUCAGGAACAACUGGCAAUGCUGUGGCGGCUGAAGCAAAGAACAAUGGAGCCAACUGGGUCAUACUGGACAAGUAAUUAACAUAAAAAAAAAAAAACUAAAGCAGGAGUUGAAACAUUGCCUAGAUGAACUUCACUGCAACAUUGUAGUGAUGAAAGGUUCACAAGCAAAAGUUCUCAGGCUUAAUUUACAAUGCAUAAAUGAACUUCAAACUCCCUAUUUCUCUGCUGCUGCUUCACCGGUUGUGGAUGCUGGAGAGUUCCUAGGACACCGGAUGAAGCAUUCUACUCCAGUCGGCAGCCCAGAAGAGCCAGGUACUUCUUAUUCAAGAACAAGCCAAGAGCGGUUGCUACCAAGUUCUGAUUCAGCAACAUCUCUUUUCCUGGUAUAUCAACAAAAUCCUCUUUUUGAAGGGCUGAACAGAGGAAAUUACACUUCCAUAGAUGAUGAGAACAACUUGGAUAACCAACUUACAGUUCUCAAUUCAUAUGGGGAAGAGCUUAUAAAUCUAUCAGCAAAUCCAGCAUCUUCUGGAAAAAGUAAUGACAAGAGUAUAUUUUGGAUUCCCCAAAAUCAUAUUGAAGAAAAGCCUCAUAAAACCAAAAGCAAUAGAACUAAAAUCAUAUCCCCUACUUCCAAAACCCUGCUUGGCAAGUUUGUCCAAUAUGAUCAAGUUACGAAGGCAGGUAGGCAUGUCCACCAAAGCCAACGAACAGACUACAUGGUUAGCUCAAACAUUAGGGAUGCAGUUGCUUUAGGCAGAACAUCCUCAGUACCUCCUCCCUUGUGCUCAUUUUGUCAACACCAGGCACCAGUCUUUGGCAAACCCCCAAGACGGUUUUCUUAUGAGGAGCUGGAGGAAGCUACGAAUGGAUUUUCAGAAUUGAAUUUCUUGGCAGAAGGUGGUUUUGGUGUCGUUUACAGGGGGAUUUUGAGAGAUGGUCAGGUGGUUGCAGUGAAGCUGUUAAAGUUUGUUGGCUGUCAAGCAGAUAUUGAUUUCUGCAGGGAGGUACAAGUUUUGAGCUGUGCACAACAUAGGAAUGUUGUGUUGCUAAUUGGUUUUUGUAUUGAUGGCAACAAGAGAGUCUUGGUUUAUGAAUACAUAUGCAAUGGAUCCUUGGAUUUCCAUUUACAUGGGAGCAACAAAACCUCUCUAGAUUGGCAAUCACGGCUAAGAAUAGCAGUUGGGGCAGCACGAGGCUUGCGAUACCUUCAUGAAGAUUGCAGAGUUGGUUGUAUAGUACACAGAGAUAUGCGGCCCAAAAAUAUUCUCCUGACUCAUGAUUUUGAGCCUCAGGUUACUGAUUUUGGACUUGCUAGAUGGCAUUCUGAUCAAUGGAUUGUUGGAAGCGAGGAGCGAGCCAUUGGAACUUCAGGGUAUCUUGCACCGGAGUAUUUGGAUGGUGGAAGGAUUACACAGAAAGUUGAUGUUUAUGCAUUUGGAGUGGUACUACUAGAGUUAAUGACAGGUCAAAGAAUCAGUGACUUGCAAUUUUACAAGGGACAGAAUUUCUUAUCUGAAUGGUUCCACCCUCUAGCUGCAUUAGACUCAAACCAAAUAAUGGCAAAUAUUUAUCAGUUACUUGAUCCAUGUUUGGCCUCCAGCAAAGUCCAGGACUACACUCAUCAACUACAGGCCAUGGGUCGUGCUGCUUUCCUGUGCCUAAGUCCUGAUCCGGAAUCAAGACCAUCAAUGUCAAAGGUCCUUAGAAUGCUUGAAGGAGGAGAUGUGAGCAUUCCUCUGAGUUUAGACCUGAACUCCAUUGGCAACAGAAGCGGCCAUUUGCGUGGAUUGAAGACUCAAACACAACCUGAAUCUAGGAGACGCCACUCUCGAAGGCUUUCACAUUGAAUUGAUUCUACAGACAACAAGGGCUGAUGCUUGUAUAGCUGAUUCACAUGAUUCUUUUUUCCUUUUGAUGCAACUUGAAGAUACUUUGCCCUUAAAAGUUUUGCAUGUUAGUAAUAUGAGCUCAUUCGUUGCUCACAUUUGUGAUAUCAAAGAAUAUAUCAGGAUUUUGUACUAUUACUGGAAAAUUAAUAAGAUAGUGACCUAUAUCGACUGUUCUUUAAUUGAA